AUGCAGAAGCUGAGGGUUGGCUUCAGAGGCCAACACUACUGCACCUCCUUUGCUCUCCGAACCUUGCUUCCAUCCAGGACUUCGCACACGCCGUCCUCCCACCCCUGCCUGAGCGUCCCCCCCGGCGCCUGGGACAGCCACGUCCACGACAUCGACCCCUCCUACCCCACCAUCCCCACCGCAGCCUACAAACCCACCCGCUCCCAAUCCUACGGCCAAGCCGCCUGGAUGACCGCCUUCCGCCCCGUCUACGUCCAGCCCUCCAUCUACGGCACCGACAACGCGUGCCAGCUCUCCGCGUUAGAGUCCAAGCAGGGCUGCAAGAGCACGGCCGACGCGCGGGCCGUCGUAGCCUUCGAUCCUCGCGACACCGACAGAGACUCGCUGAAUGAGUGGCACAGGCUCGGCGUGCGCGGCGUGCGCAUAAACCUCAAGUCGGGUGGUGCGCGGCCUUCCCCUACCGAGCUAAGGAGCCUUCUGGGUCGGUACGCGGAAGUCGUUCGGCCGCUAGAGACCGAGGACCAUCAGCCGCUAGAGACGUGGGCGCUGCAGCUGUACGUGGAACUUGAGAUGGCGGGGGGGCUGGAGGCGCUGGUGCCCAAGUUGGGGGUUAAGGUUGUGCUGGAUCAUUUUGCGGGGCUUGAGGGUGGAAAGGAGGGGCUGGAGGCCGUGAGGAGGGGGGAGGCGUGGAAGGGGCUGCUGCGGCUGAUGGAGAAUGAGAACGUAUAUGUAAAGAUCUCUGCGCCAUAUCGCAUCACGCCAAAUUGGGAAGAGCUGGACCCAUUUUUUAGAGAUCUCGCGAACGUGCGGCAGGGCAGGGGGAUUGUCUUCGCCUCCGACUGGCCACACACAAGAUUCGAAGACGUGGAUGCGGAGAAAUGGAUCAAGAUGUGUUUGGACUGGUGUGGGGAGAACGAGGAGCUCAGGAAGAACUUGUUCCGAAGGAAUGCAGAGAGGCUGUGGGAUGUGGGACCGGACUGA